AUGACAUCUGAUAAAUAUGCUAUGUCAGAAAAAAUCUUACAAGAUAUCAGCAAUGUUUUGGAGAAAAAUCCAAAUUUAGACGAAUUCGAAAUAAUACCCAUGCCCAGUAGCCAAAACAAAUCACCAGUUUUGACCGCUGGAAAUUGUCUAGGUUUAGAAUCGUGGUGUACAAAAUAUCUAUACUGUUACGUCUACGAACUCGUUAUGAACAUAAGAAAAAAUAAGAAAAAAAUCAUCUUAGACGAUAGCUUGAUUAAACAAUUAAAUUGUGCACUGUUGUUAAAUCCAGAUAUUACGAGUUUUUGGAAUAUGAGAAGACAAUUUGUUGAAAAGGGUGCUGUUAGUGUUGAGGACGAAUUAAAGUUUUCACGACUGGUCUUGAGUAGGAAACAUAAGUGUAAUGAUGCCUUUGGUUAUAGACGCUGGCUUAUAUCGAGAAUUAUUGGUGAGUUUACGUUACAAAUCCUCGACACAGAAUUAGAAGUGUCCAGAAUUUGUGCAGACCGCAGCCCUUGCAACUGCCACGCCUGGACACACAGAAUUUGGUCGAUGCAAAAAUAUUUAAACCAACAAUCGACUGUGGAAAACCAUUUAGGUCUUUUGUUGAGAGAAUUAGAAUUCUCAGAAAAUUGGACAUCGACACAUGUAUCUGAUUUUAGUGGUUUUCAUUAUAGACAAUAUUUAUUGGAACAGUUUGGACACAAUAGUUUGAUACCAGAAUUGACAACAGAAAUUUGUGGGAAAGGUUUAGAGAUUUUAAAUAAAUUCCUGAACACAAAUGAUGAAGAGGUAAUGGAUAUAUGUAAUAUAAAUUGUAGUGACAUGUUGCACCAUUUGUACAACUACAAAGCUUGUUCACAAGAUUUAAACAAUGAAGCCAGACUUAUAUUCCUCACCAUGUUACUAAUAUGUGAUCUCAUUUUUUGUCAACGAUUACACGAAACGUUUUCGCAUCACGAAUCGGUGUUUUGUCAUCGUCGGUACAUUCUACACACUAUACUAACCAUAAACAAAAAUUUAAACCCUUUACCAAUUAAUACAAAAAUAGAUUUAAACAAAUUGUACAAACAGCAACAAUGCAAUAGCAAUAUAGUGACUUCUCUAGAAAUCGAUCAAGUCAUCUUAAACAGUCCCAAAAAGACAAAACAUGAAUACAACUUGAAUAGACUUUUAAGAGCUGUUAUAAAUAAUGAGAAACGUUUAGUGAAUGAUUCCAAGUACCUGAAAUGGUGUCAGUUUAUACUACAAGUGCCUUUAGGGUAAUAGGAUAAAAAAAUUAGUAUAGUAAAAGACCCAUGUUAGCAGACGCUUGUAACUUUUGAAGGAUUUGUUGAAUGCAUAUGAAAUAUUUGGCAAAUUUGUACAAAAUUGAAUAAUAGACAAUAGUUGGUAACAUCAUGAGACCGUACAGCAACUUUGUAAGUUAAAAAUCGCAAUUGAAACCGGAAUUUUAAUGAAAGCGCGUUGGACAUUCAGUAUUUUUUGAAUAAUUUACA